CACUCACAAUUCAUCAUCAAUCAAAUCCUAAACUCUUAGCAAUUAAUUGAAGUUAAAACAAAAUGGGUCUUAAGAUUUUUAUUUUGUUGGGUCUUUUGGCUGUUGUUCUCCUAAUCUCCUCUGAGGCAGCAGCAAAAGACUUGAGCCAAACUUCCACUACUCGACAUAUCAAGGAUACUAAAGCUGACGGCAAGCUGGAGGAUGCCAAGUACGGAGGAUAUCCAGGCGGCGGAUAUGGUGGAUACCCCGGCGGAGGCUACGGAGGAAAUCCCGGCGGAGGCUACGGAGGAAAUCCCGGAGGAGGAUACGGAGGAAAUCCCGGAGGAGGGUAUGGAGGAAAUCCUGGAGGAGGAUACGGUGGCUAUCCAGGUGGGGGCUAUGGAGGUCGAGGUGGAUAUGGCGGACGAGGCGGUGGAUACUGCCGUUUUGGUUGCUGCUAUCGCGGAUACAAUGGCUGCAGAAGGUGCUGCCGUUAUGCUGGUGAAGCCGCUGAGAAGCACGUUGAGGCCAAGCCUCAUAACUAAGAACUACCAAUAACGUAUCAACAUUUUAGUUUCGUGAAGUUUUUAGCUUACAGAAGUAUUGUGUAUGAGUUGUAUUAGCAAGUAUAAGUACGGUGAUCAUGGUGUGAGAAACUGAGAAUGAGAGGUUAAAUGUUAUUUUCCGUAAGCUAGUGAAGUAGUGAUAGACUCACAGUCUGAUACUAUGGCUGUUUUAAGUGUGUAACCAGUAAAAGAGAAUCUGUGAUUUAAUAACAUAUCUUCAACUUUUAA